AUGGACCACCAGACGCGCGCCAGCCUCAUGUCCUGGAUGGACGGCUUCACCCGGCGCUUCGGCUUGGCGCCCGGCACGCCUCGCCGCGCCGCCUCCUACGUCGACCGCGUCAUGUCGGCGCGAACCCUGUCAACAACUCCUCUCAGCGACUACGAGCUCGGCCUGCUGGGCGCAGCCGCCGUCUUCGCCGCUGCCAAGUACGAGGACGGGAGCACUGUCUCCAAGCUCAACGCCGCGGGCAUCGCCAGUUACUGCGGGUUCGCCACGAGCAAAGAGGUGAUCCGCGCGGAGCGCGAGAUGCUGGCGGCGCUCCGGUACGAGCUCGGCGGCCCCACCUGCCUGCUACACCGUCACCCCGGACAAGGAAGGAGAGCCGCAGGACUUGGAGAUUCAGAAGCUGGCACCUCAGGCUCAGCACAACGGGAACAAAUCUUCGCUUGGAAUGGGACCUUCGGCGUCCCACCGCCUCCAGGCGGGAGGUCGCUUAACGACUGGUGGGAUGAGACGAUCUCCCACCUCCCAAAGGAAAAGAAGCGAGAGGCGAGCGGUGCGAUCAUCUAUUCCAUGUGGGGAGUGUGGAAGGAGAGGAAUAGGCGGGUGUUUCAAAACACCGCAUUGCAACCGACGGCCGUGGCAGCUCUUGUCAAGGAAGACAUUGCCCAGAGGGCGUAUGCGCACACCCAGGAUCCCAGGGACGGGAAUUCUGCCUAG